AUGGCAAACCCCUUUGCUUCAUCUAAACAACCCUCGCUCUUUCCAAUGACGAUUCCAAGCCUCGACGUCUCAAAGGCCGAAUACCGUCUUUUUUACCAAUACGAGCGAGCCCUAUUCAAAAUCUUCUUUCUAUUCUUGCAACGUGAGGUUGUUGAGACAACACUCGUGAUCGGGUUUCUCCUGUGGCUAGAAAGAGGAGGGUAUACAUCGAACCCUCUUGGUAAAAUGUUCAUUAAGUUUUUGUCCCCUAAAGCAAUCAAUGAAGUUGCUGAUGAGGCCCUUAUAUGCGUUAGGUUCUUGCAAAAGAAAGCAAACAAGUUGAUGUUUCAGGGAAGCAACAAUAAUUAUAACAUAACAAAACUUCAGUGUUUUCUUGAUCGGAAACAUAUAAAUCUUGAUGAGCUUAAUCUCUAUGGGGAUCUGAUAUGUAAUGAGGUAUGUUGCAUAGCCCAGGAUGUUUCUGCGAAAGCUCUUGAUGAUAUUCUAGAACAAGUUACCAUCCAUAGUGAGACUCCUGCAAUGUACCCUCACCAAGACCCUAUAGUCCCCAACAGUUUUGGUGAUCUCGGGUACACAGGUACCGAAGUUAGAUUUCAACAAGUACCAUCAGCUAGAGUAGCAUAUCAAGAUACAAAAUUUGUGCGAAACUACCAGAUGGCGCACCAAUAUGAAAAUCAACAGAUGAGGAAAUCUACAUACUUAGGCCAGAACCAUACAUAUGCGGGUGGCCGAACGUCUCUAAAUCAUACCCGACUAGUGGAAAGCGAGCCAGAUGAAGAGGUACCACCAGAUGAUCAGACCAUCUUCCUCACCUUUUCUAAAGGUUACCCACUUUCGGAAAAGGAAAUUACAGAUUACUUCUGUAGGAUGUUUGGAGAUAUAAUCCAGUCCCUGCACAUGCAACCAGUUGAAGCAGAGGUUGAUAAAUUUGGUAAACCUGAAUUUUGUAAAUUUUGGGUUCCAAUAAAAGAUGACGAUGAAUUUGUUUCUGCGAAAACAAAAGAGUCAUCUUCUGGCGAUGAAUUUGUUUCUUCGGAAGCAAAAGAGCCACGUUUUGGCAAUGAAUCUGAUUCAUUAAAGUCAGAUGAGCCAUCUGUUGAGGUAACUAAAGUGGAUGUGCGUGCGGUCUUACUCAUGCUCUUGGAUAUCGUUUAUGUUUAUCCUUAA